AUGAUAAUUAAGCCCCGCUUACAAACACAUGUCAAAUCCUAUUUGAUAGCUAGUCUACGAUGGAUAAACGUUUUGGGUAUUGAAACAAGUUGCGAUGAUACUGCAGUUGCGAUUAUUAACGAUAGGAAAAAAGUUUAUUCGGCGUUGCGAUAUACGAAUCGAGAUGAACAACGUGAAAAAGGUGGGAUAUGCCCCGCAUCAGUUGCGAUUCAACAUCGCGAGAAAUUACCGAACUUGGUCUCAAAGUGUAUGCGGGAGUCGGGACUAUCAUAUGAAGAGAUUGAUGCCAUAGCUGUUACAACAAAGCCGGGACUAGUUAUUGCUCUGAAGGAAGGAAUUAAAACAGCUAUUGAAGUUGCAAGAGCCCAAAAGAAGCCACUUAUACCCGUUCAUCAUAUGAGAGCUCAUGCUCUCUCCGGCUUUCUCUGCUCUGAAUCUUUGCAGUUUCCGUUCUUGUGCCUCCUGAUAUCAGGAGGGCAUUCAUUAAUUGUAUUAGUAAAACAAGCUGAGGAUUUUGAAAUAUUAGGACAGAGUUUAUCGGGCAGUGCAGGGGAAUGCCUGGACAAGAUUGCUAGAGAACUAAAUGUACAAUCCAUGGAAGGAUGUGAGAAUAUUCAUCCAGGUGCAGGUUUAGAGCUUGUAGCCAAAAAGGCGUCUGCCGAUGGUUACUUACGUUAUGCUGUUGGUCUUCCCAGCACACCUAGAGCCGAUAUGAAUUUUUCACAAUUGAAAUCGAGUUUCCUGAACCUGAUCAAACGAAAAAAAGAUUCUGACGACUUUUCCGUAGAAGAUUUUUGUAGUAGCGCCCAGCAUUUUGUAGCCCGCCAUAUUAUAUCCAAAUUGAAUGCUGCGUUUGAUCAUUUGAACUCCACUGGCGAAAUAAAGAGUCUACGCCAUUUAGUGAUAAGUGGGGGAGUAGCGUCUAAUAUGUAUAUAAACAACGGUAUAAGAAAACUAUGCUCUCAUUAUAACAUUGAACACAUACCUGUACCUCCACACCUAUGCACCGAUAAUGCAGAAAUGAUAGCUUGGACGGGUACUUUAAUGAUGAAAGAGAAAAGCCGAGACAUUUACAAAUCCUCUGAUAUACCGGACUUGAUAUAUGCUCAUGCUAAAUAUGAAAUCGGCAAUGAUGUUCGAGAUAAGUUACCCAAGAAAACUUUCAAUAAGCUUAGCGGAUAUACUAUUCAUGAUGAUUUACCAUUGAAGUUUUUCAAUUCAGACAUGUUCAAGAGUCGUUCAUAA